AUGGUCACUGCCAAGAUAAAGGUAAUGAAGAAUGAUAAUGAAUUCAUAAAUUGUCGCACACUACUCGACAGCUGCUCCACUACAAAUCUGAUCACAGAAAGGCUAGCCACAGUACUAGGUCUCCAUCGGAAAAAAUUUUUGGCAUCCAUUGGAGGAUUGCAUAAUCUCCUAACAAAAACUCAGCAAAUAGUAACUACCACUAUAAAAUCGCGAAUCAAUGAUGAGAAAAGAAAAUUGACAUUUUUGAUCAUUCCCAGCAUCUCAGAGACUGUACCUGGUCAACCACUCGACAGAGAUAAAAUAAGAAAACCAAAUCAUCUGAAACUUGCUGAUCCAGAUUUCUUCUGUCCAGCACCUAUUGACAUGUUAAUCGGAACAGGGACCACUAUUGGACUUUUAGGAACUGAUAAGAUGCGAUUAUCUCCCAAAGAUCAACCAGAGCUCUAUUUAUUAAGAACUUCUCUGGGAUGGGUGAUCGGAGGGGGAGCACCCACUUCUAAUCCCAAACAAAACCAUUCAUGCCAUGUCACGACCACCAAGGCUUCAGAGUUCGAAUUGGCUAGAUUCUGGGAGAUUGAAGAACCAGUAUCCACUACUGUGCCCACAGAUACAGAAACUAUUGCCGAACAACAUUACAAAAAUCACGUCACUCGCAAUUCCACAGGAAGAUACAUUGUCACGCUACCAUUCAACAAUAACAUUGGUAGACUCGGAGAAUCGCGAUCACGCGCAUACAAUCGCUGGAAAUCAUGUGAAAGAAACUUGAAAUUAAAUCCAGAACUUGCUCAGCAGUACAAUGGAGUUCUCCAGGAAUACAUUGACCUAGGACACAUGGAGGAAGUAAGUCCCUCUUCACUAGUCGAUUACGGAUAUUACUUGCCACAUCAUGCAGUGUUCAAAGAAGGCAGCCUCACGACAAAAGUUAGAGUAGUCUUUGAUGGGUCAGCCAAAACACAUACUGGAAUCUCGUUGAAUGAGACGCUGUAUGUUGGACCAACUAUUCAGGAUGACAUUUUUGCAUUACUCAUACGAUUCCGCAUCCAUUAUUUUGUCGUGACCGCUGACAUUGAAAAAAUGUACAGGCAAGUUCUCGUGAGGCCAGAAGAUCGGAAGUAUCAACGGAUUUUGUGGCGUAAUGAUGACGGACCUGUACGAACCUUUCGACUCAAUACUGUGACUUUCGGCCUCUCAGCAGCACCAUAUCUAGCAAUUAGGUCAAUUCACCAGCUGGUUGAAGAUGACGGCCAUUUAUACCCGAUUGGCGUUCAAGCCUUGAAGAACGAUUGUUAUGUAGACGAUUUGAUAUCAGGAGCAGACACGAGGCAAGGAGCCAUCGCUAUCCAGCAAGAGGCUGAGCGUCUUGUCCAAGGGGAGGCUUCAAGUUUCGUCAAUGGGCCUCCAAUGAUCCUUUACUGCUUCAAGAAGUUACACCCGAUGAUAUCAAUCGCCAUUUACUACUGGGAGACUCCAAGACAUUGA